UUAUAUCAUCCCUUAUUUAUUUUACGCAUAUGAUGUAAUAUUCUUUUGGUGUGAACGAAUCGUUAAAAUCUAGUAUUGUACUAUUUGUAAACAUAUGCUAUAUUUACUUCCAAGAUAUUACAAUUUGUAAGCGAAUCUAAUUAAGAUCAUAUUGAUUAUAAUACAAUGGGAAUUCCUAGAUUCAAAGUUUUAGACGUAACAUUUUUGUUUUGUAUGUUAUUUUCCGUUAGUGCAUCAACCACGAAUACGAUACGAGCUUAUAUAUGAUGUAUUUCUCCAUACAUAAAAAUUUUCUACUAGGAGUAAUUAUUCAUAAUUAUAAAUGGGAAUGUUCAAUUGACUUUUUAUUUGUGAACCGAAAUCUUUAGUAGUGAUAGUAGAUAUAUAAAGUGAUAGUAGAAUAGAUAAAAGUACCUUUGCUCAAAAUUCUGUUUUACUACUUAAAAUUAGACCUGGCUUGCUACUAUUGUGAGCUUUCAUCUUAUGUUGAUAAUGGCUGAACAAAGGCAUGAUGUAUCUACACCUUGUCUUGCUACAGCUGUUUUAAGCCCUACAGCAUCUUCCUCCAAAGCUGGAAACAAUGUGGCUCGAAUUCAAAGAAAUGUAGCAGAAAAGCAAAGAAGAGAUAAAUUAAAUGGUUACAUUAAUGAAUUAGCCAAUAUUGUUCCAAUGAUAUCUAAAUCAGCUAGACGUCUGGAUAAAACUAGCAUCUUAAGGCUUAGUGCUGCUCAUCUACGAAUAUGCAAAAGUUCUUUAAAUGCAAAUAAAAUGAAGAAAACUUUUACGUGGUGUCCUAAUUUUUUAUCUGAUGAUCAGAUCAGGGAUAUUCUUGAAUCAGUUGAUGGUUUUUUAAUUAUAACAGCUACUAAUGGAAAGAUAUUAUUUACUUCUCGUAGUGUUGAAAGAUAUCUGGGUCAUCAAGAUAUUGAUAUGAUUGGUCAUUCUCUUUAUAUGUUUGUUCAUGAAAAAGAUGUGGAUGAUAUAAAGCAGAAAAUGAAAGGCAUGCUUGCCGAAUGCUUGGAAAAGGGAUCCAGUCGUCAGUCAUUUGAAUGUCUCAUGAGAGAAAAGACCCAACCUCGCUCUGAAAUUAGCACCUACCAACAUGUUCAUUUUGUUGGUGGUAUGACUGCAGCAGAUGACCCAAAUGAAAAACCUAAAAGUGUUAUAACACAUAUGUUCAAGGCAUUUGUUAAAAUUGUCGAUAUUAGCCCCUACAAUCAGCUUUCUCUGGAAGAUGCUACAGCUGAUGAAUAUGUGACUAGACAUAGUCUUGAUGGUACAAUCAUGUAUGCUGAUCAUAGGUUGGCUACAAUAACUGGUCAUAUGCCAAAUGAAGUUAUCGGCCUUUCUGCAUAUGAAUACAUUCAUAAGGAUGAUAUGGCAAUUGCUUUAUUUGCCCAUCACCUUAUGUUUUCUAGUGACAAAGGAACUGGAAUAAUUGUUUAUAGAUUGCACACCAGAGAUAAUCGUUAUAUUUAUCUCAAAAGUGUUGGAUGUCUACAGUAUGACAGUGCAACUUCACAAGUUGAUCAUUUUGUUUGCAUCAAUCAACAGCUUGGUGAUUCUGAUGGAGAUUUGCAAUUGAAGUAUUUUUUUGAUCGUUACAUCCCUCAAGUAAAAGGUAGCUCAACCACAAUGCUAUUGGAAUCUGUCAAAGCUCUUCAAUUAUCCAGCUCGAAAUCAUCUCCUGUUAAUCAUAAAGCCAAUGGUGCUGUGGCAUCUAAAAAUUUGGAACAUUCAAGUUCAAGUCCUCUAAGUUCUGAUUCAACUAUAAUCAGUUUGAGCUCUGAUAGUUUGAAAUCAAGUGAGGAGCGCAAUCCAGAGGGCCUAAUGGAACACUGCAAUGAUUCUGAUCAGAUAGCAAUUCAGGAGACUAGUAGCAGUGAGCCAGGGUCUCCUGAAUUUGUUCAUCAUAAUGGUUCUGUAAGUCCUUCUACUUCUGUUCACUCUUCGGAUCAAUUUGAAAAUAAAGAAAAGGGUCUAGCAACCAUUUCAACAAUUAAUGAUUCUGAAUGUUUCAUUAUAAGUGUCAAUGGUUCAAGUUCAGAACUAGUUAAUGGUUUUUUCGCUUCAAACAUAAAUUCGCCUUUAAAUGUUAAUCAAAACCAUUCUGUAAAUAUACCCAACAAAAUUACAUCACUUUCUUUGCAAAUUCCCAGAAAUUCUUACAGCCUUACUGAAGGACCAAAUAAUCAUGUUCACAAUAAUCUGAUGGUACCUGACCUAUUUAAUUCUCAUGAAACUGCACGUUCUUCUGAAGCAAAUAAUGAUACCAUUUUACGAGAAGACACACAGUAUGAGUAUAUAGGAGCGCUUAGUGACGUUGACCAAAAUAAAAGUGAAGAUAAAUACUCAUCAUCGGAAUCAUCCAAUAAGUCUCCUCCUGAGGAGUAUAAAAAUCUUGCAGAACCUGAUGAAAAAAUGGAUCAAGAAAUGAACCUGUAUGACCAUCAAAUGAAUGGUACAUUAUUAUUGAACCAAAAUGGAAUUUCUUCAGAAGAUUUGAGCUCACCGAUGGCAGAACAAUCUGACAACCAUGAUGAAGAUAUUGAUGUAUUUCAUGAAGAUACUGCCAAAUCAUCUACAAAGCAUUCCUCUUUCAUCAGAAACACUAAUGGUAUGGAUAGUCGUCAUUCAAAUUUAACUGUUGUCAACUCAUGCGAUUCUGUUUUAAGAAACUCCAAAUGGUCUGUAGACAGUUUCAGUGUAUUUCAAUCAACAGUUGAAGAAAACUCAACUUUAUCAAUGAACUAUUGUGAUGUUAUGCCAUCAACUGAGGAUGAAGUCAAUGUUGACCUGAAGGAUAAUAUAUCACUUCUAGAUGAUCUUUCUUCAUUGCUCAGUGCAACACUGCCACAUAGUGAUAGUAAUUCGUUAAUCUCUGCCAAUGGUUGGAAUGAUAUAUUCAAUCCAACAGAAUACUCAAGUCCAUUCAGUAGUGAAGCAAUAUUUCAAAAAGAUGAAGAACAAUUGUUAGUUAAUAGUUCUAAAGUUAAAUCAUAUGAUCUUUGGUGAUGCUGGAGGGAAGCAUUUUAUUUCAAAUGAGAUUACUUUCAGAAAUUCCAAAGACAUAUAUGUACAUAUUUAAGUGUAUGAUGCAUGAUUGUAUGAAUGUGUGAAGUUUGUUAAAACGCCUUUGUAAAACCCUGUGACAUAAUUGUUAGUCAUUUUAAAUGCAUAUGGUAUGCUUUGAAAGCAUGUAAUUGUAGAACCGGUGUAUUAUAUUGUUUUUUAAUUGUUUUGAAAACCUGUUACAAAGUUUAUCUAAGAGUUCUAUACAUCCAUAACCAUUCAGAUUUUAUCACAUUAAUCAUAAGGGCUCUUACUGUUACUUAAAUACCUAUAUUAAAGGAAACUUUUUCCAUGAAAAGUUAUCUUUAUAAGUGUUAAUGCUUUGUGAAAGCAUUUGGACUUUUUCUUCUUAUACAUUGUUGUAUAUUGUAAAAGUUAUAUUUGUUGUAAAUCAUUUACGUCUGUGAUGGCAGUAUUUUACACCGUAUAAUUUCAGUACAAAGUUUUGCUUCAUUUAUUUUUGGUUUAAAAAAAUGAAUUCUAUAUAUUUUUUCUCUUGCUUCUAAACUUUUUUUUUUUUUUUUUUUUGUUAAAUUAAACUUUUUUUUUUUUAUGAAUAAUUUUUUUAUUGCACAGUAUUUUUUCAAUUCGUCCUGUGAAAAUAUUGUCAUAACAGUCUGGAAAAACAGAAAAAUGUCUUGUUAUAAAACUUUGAAUAUUUCUUUUUCAACAUUUAUUAAAAUUUCUAUUUUUAUGCGUAAACAUGCUGCACACUUCCAUAGUUUGAUGUUGUUAAUGUAGAACCUUUCUGUAUUUUGGGACUUCAUUCAACUGAAGUCUAUUUCUUGUUUUAUAUGCGUUAAUGUUUUUAAAUUUAGUUGUUAUUUGUUGAAAAUUUACCUAUGUAUAGAAAAUUUAAAAGACGGAUUAAGUCGAGAAUAAUUGUCUCAAGAUAAUGUGUUGAUAUUGGCUUAUAAUAACAUUCAUUUUAUUUCUUUGUAUUUUGUUAAGCUAGACUUUUUUUAAAAAAAAAAUAGUGGAAGACUUAAUUUCUGAUAUUGUGAUGUAAAUUUCAAAAUAUUGUAGAAAAGAAAUUGCCUUUUUUUACUUUGACAAUUGAAACAAAAUUAAGAAAAUUGAAUUUUUAUUUCUUUAUCUUGUGAAGCAGUUCUCAUAUGUCGAAUUCUGUGUAUUGUAAAUAAAUAUUUCACAAUGAAUCAAAAUGCAACUCAACUAUAUAAUAUUUUGUUGAAAGAAAUAUUUUUCAUUCCUGACAUUCAGCUGCAUUGGUACAAAUAUAUUAUGCAAGUUACAUGUUUCGUGAAACAUAGCAUGUUUUGUGAAUUUAACAGAGCAGAAAUGUUUAUUUUUUGUAGCUGUUACACUUUGCCUCUUAACUACUGGUUCAAGAAUAUGCAGCCUCUUCCUGAGAUUGUUGUUACAUUGAAAUGUUUAUAUGUGAAGCAUGUGAUACUUUCUGUUAAAUAUAUCAGAAAUAAUGCAUGUUUAAAGAGAAGGAGUCUAUUUAUAAUUUUAGAUGAGAAGGGUAUUCUGCAUGUUCUUUCAUAAACUUUAGAUGUAACUAUAAUAUUAGAUAAUUGAAAUCUUAAGUAUUAAUCCAUAUUUCAAACCUUUUAUGUCCCACAGUUCUAGAGAAAGUUAUGAAUUUUGUAAAUUUUAUUUUUAACAUGUUAUAUCCACAUUUGCUGUUGAUUUCAUUUUGAGAUAGCCAUUUUUUUAAUUAAAAUAAUUAUUCUCUGUAACCCCUCCUUUUUUUAUUUUACUAUACCAUUUUUUAGAAAGAUUGCUGUAGAAUAAGAAACUUAACUGUUCUUAAGUUAAAGUUGUUUGUGCUAUUUUGUUCAUAGUGUUGUACAAAAACAAAGUGCAAAGCAAGAGUGCUGAGAAUCUGUUUAUGGAAAAACAAGUGCAAUUUUUAAGGUAAAUAUUAGAUGUAUUAAAGGUGACUAUAAAAUUAUUAUAUUUAGCUUUUAUAUAAAGCAACUUUGUGCUUUGAAAAAUAAAUAAAACAAUAAAUAUUUCAUUAAUUUUCUUUUUAGCAUUGUGCUUUAUGUUUUUUUCCUCUAAGUUUUCUAAUUUAGUUCCUUUAUUCAGCAUUGAAGCUAUGUGAUUUUAUUUUGUUGCGCCAAGUUAACUGUACUGCAUGUAUAAAGAAGUGUUUGCAUGUUACCUCAGCAAUUAAUUUAACAAUGGAGUCAGUUUCCACAGCAAAACUAAUGCACCUAUCAUCUAACUAUUGGUAUUUGUAUUAUGCGGGUUAUUGCUACAAGCAGCAAAUAAAAGAAGCCAAGAGUUUUUAAAAUUAAAAUGUGUUAUACAUUUGAUAUUUAUCACCUGAACUUGGAUUGACUCCAUUAUUGAAUGCAAAUGUUUAUCAAUUAAAAUUCUUUGUAAUCAAAACUGAAAAAUGCAGCAUUUUUCAGCAUUUUUUUCAUGUUUUAUACUUUUUAAAUUUUGAUAUGAAUUUCUUCUAAUAUAAAGCAUCAGAUAGCCAUACAAAAAUCUUCAGAUCAGAUUUAUAUAGAACUAAACUAAGAUUUUCGUAGUAGUUUUAAGAAUUCUGAUUUUGGAAUGCUUGUGGUUUUUAGCAUAAAUGAAGAUAAAACAAAGAUUCAGAUACAAAUUUUAUUACAGUAGUAUUUUUAUAAAUGUAUUUUAAUAAAGGCUGAUUUUUCCUUAAAACAAAAUUUUUAACCAGAAGCAAAUUUUUGUACUGAGUACCGAUAAUUUUAUAACAUAUACAUGCGCACAUUAUUAGCCAUCAAACUCAUUUAGUUAACUGGCCAACAUUAUAUAGAAUAUUUUUAAAUUUUGGUGUUUGUUUUGAAAUAGUUUUUUAUCUUAUGGAUAUCAGUUGUUUUGUUUUGAGUUCUAUGGGGAAAAAAUCAGACUCUUAGCUCUUGAAUUUAAUGCCAUAAAAGGUAAGAUUUUUACUUUUAGAUAUUAUAAGAAUGUUCUAAAUCUGCACUAGAAUAUCAUUGUUCUGGACUAAUUGUAACUUGUGUGUUGAAUUACAUGCCACUUGAUAUUUUGGAAUAUAAUAUUCCAUUAUAACAUUGUGGGGAGAAGGAGAAAGGUCAACUGUGACUGAGUUCAAGUAAAAAAGUAAUAACUUCUGAUUGCUUUAGUUUUUGUUGCUCAUAGUUGAAAAUUGUGUUUUGUUAAUUUUAAUUUUGGUUGCAUUAUUUUUUGGUAACUUUAAUCAUAAUAAAAAUUUAAAAUUCAGUAAAACAAUAUAUAAAUAUAAUGAAAAGUAAUUUCCAUUAUAUUUAAUUUUUUUUAAAAUUUCAGAUCAAUGAGGUUUUAGUGCAAUUUAAACACAAAAUGUUAAUGUAAACUUUUAAUGGUUGUAAGCCUGGUUGUGUUCCAUUUCUUCCUACUUUAUUUUUUAAAUUGACUAAAACUCAAAUUGCAUGUUAUAUAUUGAAAGAGAACUAAAUAUGCAUGUAUUUAUUUUUAAAUUAAAAGUGCUGUAACUAUUUUUAUUUUACUUGUGAUGCUUGCCUACAUCCAAAGAGGAUAGCAAACCAUGUUAUAUUUAUUUUUACAAUUUUAUUUCUCUGUUGAAUUUAAAGUUGAACUGAAAAAUUUUAUGAGAAGAUAUUCUAAAGUAAGCUGUAAUUGAGCUUUGUAUUUCAUUUAAUCUAACCGAUAAUUGAAAUAUAAAAUAUAUGGCUUAUAUUAUAAAUUUAUAUAUAUAUACCUGUAGAAUAAAUAUCAUAUAAGUAGCAAUAAAUGCUAUAAAAUGUGCAAAAAGAAGAAAUAUUUUGUCAAAUUUCAAUUAAAGGGAAUGUAAUAUAUCUAUAUAUAUAAAAGAGCAAAA